AUGGGCAGCUUCGACCAAAGCAAAGCGUACGCAGCGCAAGAGGAAGAGGGUGCUUUCUUCGACGACGGACGAGAAAUUGAACUGCUGCACUUUGUUUACUCACACCCCAAUAUCCAAAACAUUCGAGGCUCACCGGAACAUGUCCUGGCUGCCAUUGACGAAUACGGGCGGACAAAGAAGUAUCUCAUGAAUGUGGGAGAGGACAAGGGCCGCAUUGUCACAGACUUGAUUGCGGAGGUCAAGCCGAAAACCAUGAUAGAACUCGGUGGCUACGUUGGCUACUCGUGCAUUCUUUUCGCCAACGCAGUACGCAAAGCAGGCGGCGAGCGAUACUUCAGCUUCGAGCGCGACCCCGCAUUCGCUGCAGUCAUCAUGUCUCUCGUCGACCUCGCAGGUCUUAGCGAUCUGGUCAAGGUAGUCGUGGGCUCGAGUGACGAGGGAAUCGCGCGUCUUGCAGCGUCUGGCCAACUGAAGCACGUUGAUCUCGUGUUCCUAGACCACUACAAACCAGCCUAUACGACAGAUCUGAAGCUCUGCGAAGAGCUCGGUCUGGUGACAAAGGGCUCGGUCCUCGCAGCGGAUAACGUCGUUAACCCUGGAAACCCGCCAUACCUGAAGUAUGUCAGGUCGAGUGUUGAGGAAAAGGUCAAGGACGCCGGAGAGGGCGGCCCAGUCAACCUCAAUGGCAUUGCUGGGACGAAUGUCACCAUGUACGAGAAGCGAUACGGCAAGGCCAAGUUCAGCGAAAGCAAAGGCAACCCGUACUUGCAGUACGAGAGCCAAUUGAUCAACAGCUUUGAGCCCACGGGCGUACCAGUCCAUUUGUGGAAGAAUGUGCUUCUACUGGCCCUGAGCGCGGUGCUCGCGCCUGUCUCGGCUGCUCUGGUGCUGCUGGGCCUGGCCGUGACGAAGCUCCAUGGCGAGCGCAAUGCAACAUUCACCAAAGAGGAUAAGAGACAUGUGGCAGCAACCAGACGACGCAAGACGGUUCUCGUUACCGGCGUGUCCAUGACAAAGGGCCUGACCAUUGCUCGAAAUCUGGCUCAGCACACUCCGCACCGCAUCAUUGGUGCCGACAUUUCCGCCCUAUCACCAGGUCGCUUUUCCACCGCCAUCUCCCGAUACUACCGCCUGGAAACGCCCAAUGGCGACGAUGCAGAUCCAUACAUUGACUCUAUCCUCUCCGUUAUUCGCCACGAAAAGGUCGAUCUAUGGAUAUCCUGCUCCAGUGUAGUCGCCGCUCUCGAGGACGGAGAGGUCGUCCGGCUGGCAGAGAAGCAGGCAAAAGAGCAGGGACGCCAGUUUGAAGCCAUCCAGUUUCGCGAAGAUGUUGUCGAGAAGUUUCACGAAAAGGACAAAUUCAUCGACUACAUUGGAUCGCUUGGUCUGCCGACCCCGGAAUCACACCGCUGCACGAACGCCUACGAAGCGCUCGAUGUGCUCAUGAGAGAGCUUCAUAGGACCCCGUGGGAAGACAGGAGGGGAAACGGGCGAAAGUUUAUUAUGAAGCCAAUUGGUGUCGACGACAAGGCCAGGAACAACAUGAUGACUCUACUUCCUUUUGAAUCACCGGAUGCAACCACCGAGUACAUUCGCUCGCUCAACAUCCGCAGAGACAACCCGUUCCAGCUCCAGCAGUUUAUCAAGGGAAAAGAGUACUGCACACAUGCACUUGUCAUCCGCGGAAAAGUCAAAGCCUUCACCAGCUGCCCCAGUCUCGAGCUCCUCAUGCACUACGAACCGCUUCCCGCGUCCUCUCCCUUGAGCCGGAAGAUGCUCGAAUUCACCGAGCGCGUCUGCCAAGAUGGCGGCGAGAGCUUUACCGGACAUCUCAGCUUCGACUUUCUGGUUGAAGACGACGACAAGGGCAACGAUGCCAAAUUCUACCCCAUCGAAUGCAACCCGCGCGCCCACACAGCCGUUGUACUAUUUGAGCAGACCCCCGAAAUGGCAGAUGCCUAUCUCUCCGUUUUCACCAGUCCCGACCGCAUACCCUCCAAGACCAAACCAGGCCCCGUCUUUCCCCGGACACCAACACCCAGCUACUACUGGAUUGGCCACGAUCUCGUUUCUUUCGUCAUCCUGCCUUUUCUCGACUUGUUAUCUGGCUCCACCUCCUCGCAACAACUCAUGCACAAUCUCACGACUUUUACAACACACGUCGCGUCCUGGAAAGACGGCACGUAUACGUUUGAAGACCCUGUUCCCUUUUUCGUUUUGUACCAUGUCUAUUGGCCUGCGCAGUUUGUUCGCGCGCUGAAGAAGGGCGCGCGUUGGAGUCGGAUUAAUGUUAGUACUACCAAGAUGUUUGAGGGGUAG